AUGAGUCUUAACGAGCACUCUCUCCAAGCCCUGUCCUGGAGGAAGCUCUACCUCAGCCGGGCCAAGCUCAAGGCGUCGAGUCGGACUUCUGCGCUGCUCUCUGGAUUCGCGAUGGUGGCCAUGGUGGAGGUGCAGCUGGACAACAGUUACCCCUACCCCCCCGCGCUCCUCAUCGCCUUCAGCGCCUGCACCACGGUCCUGGUGGCCGUGCACCUGUUCGCCCUCAUGGUCAGCACCUGCAUCCUGCCAAACAUCGAAGCCGUCAGCAACGUGCACAACCUGAACUCUGUGAAGGAGUCUCCUCACGAACGCAUGCACCGCUACAUCGAGCUGGCCUGGGCCUUCUCCACCGUCAUCGGCACGCUGCUGUUCCUGGCCGAGGUGGUGCUGCUCUGCUGGGUCAAGUUCCUGCCCAUCAAACCCAAUAAGUCCAACAACCACACUGUGUCGUCGGGCGUGGCGGCAGCGAUCACGUCCACCUCCAUCAUGGUGCCGUUCGGACUGGUCUUCAUCGUGUUCGCGGUGCACUUCUACCGCUCGCUGGUCAGCCACAAGACAGACCGACAGUUCCAGGAGCUGGAGGAGCUCUCCAACCUCACACGGCUGCAGAACGAACUGGACAACAGGGGGGACGCCUCCAUGCUGCAGUCCCCCUCCUCACACUUCCCCUAG